AUGGUGACUGAAUCCGAGAGAUGCAUUUUUCGUGCGUUUGGCCAAGAAUUUAUUCUAAAUAAACAUUUCCAUUUAACAAACAAGAUCGGCCAUGGCUCACAUGGCCUUGUUUGCUCUUCGAUCUAUACAGAGACAAACGAGGAAACUGCCGUCGCUAUCAAGAAAAUACCCAGUGCAUUUUUCAACGAACGAUCUUGUAAAAGAACCCUUCGCGAAUUGAAACUAUUAAGACAUUUUAGAGGUCACCCAAAUAUAAUUUGGCUUUUUGAUACUGACAUAGUUUUCUACCCGAGUGGCGUACUGAAUGGCGUUUACUUAUAUGAAGAAUUAAUGGAAUGUGAUCUUUCUCAGAUUUUAAGAUCCGGACAACACUUGGAGGACUCACACUAUCAAAGCUUCAUAUAUCAGACAUUAUGUGCAUUAAAAUACAUACAUUCUGCUGGUGUUUUGCACGGCGACUUGAAACCGAAGAAUCUACUUGUUAACAGUGAUUGCCAAUUAAAAGUUUGCAAUUUUGGUCUAUCACGUGGGUGUUCGGAAGACUACGAAGAGAAUAAUCACUUUACCACGGAGUUUGUAGCGUCAAGAUGCUAUAUAGCACCGGAAAUCAUGCUGAGUCACCAAGGAUAUACAAAAGCUGUUGAUGUUUGGUCAACAGGCUGCAUAUUAGCGGAACUAUUGGGUGGCAAGCCUCUCUUUGAUGGAAAAGACUAUGUCGAUCAAUUAAAUAAUAUUCUGCAAAUACUUGGAACCCCAUCAAAAGAGAUGUUACAGGAAAUUGGUUCUCAGAAAAUACAAAGUUACAUCCUCCUAUUCGGUCAUAUACCAGGAACACCAUUUGAGAGCAUAUUACCCAAAGCUAAUCCAAAAGGACUGGACCUCUUGAAAAAAAUGUUAGAGUUUGAUCCGAAACAGCGGAUUGUCGUGGAUGAAGCAUUAAAGCAUCCUUUUUUAUCAGUAUGGCAUGAUAUAGAUGAUGAGCCAUCAUGUGAAAAGACUUUUGCAUUCGAGUUUGAACAUAUCAGUAAUAUGGAGGAACUACAAAGCCAAGUCACAAGAGAAGUAUCCGAUUUCAAGAAAGUUGUUAGAAAACAUCCCAUUGGUGGUGAUUUCUCAUCGUCGUCCUCAUCGUCAGAGGAUCCCAUUCCUCAAGAGGUUGAUGAUGUCCAUCUCUCGAAGAAAAAUUUAUCUAGUUCUCACUCUGAAGUUUCCUGUGCUAGUCAACUUCCUUCAUUAACUACUACUCAGCCGUAUCAAAACUAUGUAAAAACAGGUUCUGACUCAACUCAAGGUGACAACGAAAAGGAAAACAGGGUCGAGCACAAUACUAGCCAGAAACGUAAGGAAUCAUUGGAACGACUUGCCGAGUCAAAUAAAACAGAAAGUGGCACAGUUAUAUCAUCUCCUUCGGAGGGUGAAAGUGAUGGUAAUAACAAUAUAAGUCACAGCACCAAUGAAUGUGACGGGGUUUUUUUCUUUGACUUUGAAAAGGAUCUUGAAUUCGGGUUAGACAAUAAAUUUUUAUAA